GACACUCCCACUGCUGGGACAGAAAGCUAAACAAGAGAACCAAGAGCUGAACAAGGAUUAUUCUCACCAGAAGACUAAGCAACCAUGAUGGUUUCUAAUGCAUUGAGAUCUGCUCUCAGGCCAAUGAUGGACUUCUACUGGCCUGUUCGCAGUCUGUGGCCAGAGGUCAGACCUUUGUUCAACCAGCAGGAUGUCCUCCAGAGAACCCUACAGGAGCUGCGCAGCAGCCUGGAACUGAUGGACAGAUUUCAACACCAGAUCCUGGAGGACACAAAGCCUUUCAGGAGCACACUGGUCCACAAACCAGUCUCCUACCAGCUGGACAAAGAGGGACAAGACUUUGGCCUGACACUGGACACUCAAGGCUUUUCUCCAGAGGAGCUUUCAGUUCAGCAGGUGGGCAGGAAGCUGAGAGUCCGUGGGAGGACAGAGAAGAAGCAAGAGGACGGGAAAGGCUCCUACUCUUACAGACUCCAGGAGUUCAGACAGGAGUUUGAUCUGCCUGAAGGGGUGAACCAUGAAGCUGUCAGCUGCUCCCUUUCUCCAGAUGGAAAGCUCCACAUCCAGGCAGCCAAAGUUCCAAGUGUUGAACAGGCUGAGCGAGAGCUGCCUAUCAAGAGGAGCUCGGAGGAGGAAACACAGCAGAGUGUGUGCUCACAGGCAGAAGACAGCCAACCAGAGACAUCCAGCAGGUCCUAGAGCUCCAGCCUGGAUCAUGGACCAAUGAACGUGUUGAACACGUGGUUCUAUUCUUUGUUCAUUAUUAAUGUGUCUAUCACAUCAUAAUGACUUUGUCUUUUCUUAUUGUACCUGGUGAAUAUUGUUGAAUAAAUAAUCUGAACAACA